UGAUGCAAUGCUGCAUGCUGAUGAAGAAGAAGACAUCAACAAGGUUUUGAGGUACUUCUCUUACGAGCACUUCUAUGUUAUAUACUGCAAGUUUUGGGAGCUGGAUACAGAUCACGAUUUCUUGAUAGACAAAGAGAAUCUUAUCAGAUAUGGUAACCAUGCGCUCACCUAUCGAAUUGUCGAUAGAAUAUUUUCUCAGGUUGCAAGAAGGUUUACUAGUAAGGUUGAGGGAAAGAUGGGUUAUGAAGAUUUUGUUUAUUUCAUACUGUCAGAAGAGGAUAAAUCAUCUGAGCCGAGUCUUGAGUAUUGGUUCAAGUGCAUUGAUUUGGAUGGAAAUGGAGUUUUGACACGAAAUGAACUGCAAUUUUUUUAUGAGGAGCAAUUGCAUCGAAUGGAGUGCAUGGCUCAAGAACCUGUCCUUUUUGAGGAUAUAUUGUGCCAGAUUAUUGACAUGAUUGGACCUGAGGUUUGUCUUUCAAUCUUUCUUCAAUUGAUUGUUUAAUCAUAUUUCAUUGUG